AUGAUUUUCUUGGCUGUCAUUGCUGCUAUUAUCAGCUACUUCAUCAUCAAAUUAUGGGUCCAAAGGAGGAAACUACCACCAGGUCCGCUCCCUCUUCCCAUCCUUGGUAACUUACAUCAGCUGGGUUACAAGAUUUUUAUCCAGAAAAAAAGUUUCAUCGGAACGAUUAGAGAGUGGUCUGAGGAGUUUGGAGCACUGUACACCAUUUGGCUUGGAUCAAUGCCAAUCGUGAACAUUUGUGACUAUUCUACAGCUGUUGAUGCAAUGGUGAAGAAAGGCUCGGCCUUCGCUGACCGAGUUAUUCCAUACCUAUUCACAUUGUCAAGAAAUGGCCGUGGAAUAGUGGGUACAAAUGGAGCUACAUGGAUGGAACAGCGCCGUUUCGCUCUCCACACUCUUCGAAAUUUUGGUCUUGGACGGAACAUUAUCGAAGAGAGGAUCAUGUAUGAAUUCGAAAUCGCGUAA